UAAAAGGAUAAGUAAAAAUACACUCACAGGCACACAAAUGAAAUUUUCAGGAAAGAACUUUUCAACAUACUAGGGGGGAAAAAAACGAAAAAAAAAAAGACCUUUCUAUUUCUGUAAGCACCUUUAUACUGAACACAAUUUUUGUUCAAUUCUAAGACAUCCAUUUCUUUAAUUCUAGAUUAUGAAAGAAACAUGCAUUCCAGAGUUAUGGGAAUUCCAAAGUUAUGGACAACUUUCAGCUACUUCACAUGCAACAAAUAAUGGGAACCUUGUCUACCCCUAAACUUUCAGUUUUGUCAAAUAGAAACCUAGGUCAUGUCACAAUAAGAAGCAGCAUCCAAAUAUCUUCGGAAAAUGACUGGACGUUAUGUUAUGGGACAGAGCUUUUAACACUCUGCCAGAAAUCUUCCUACAAAUGGUGAUCGAGAUGAAAUAGUAUUUUGGUACUCUAUAAAGACAAGAUAUUAGAAUGCUAUUUGGUUUUUUGAGACUUGAGUCACAUACCUUUCCGGUGGCUGUUGAACCAGUAAAGGAAAUUUUAGACACUAGGGGAUCCGUGCAAAGUGCUUCCCCUACUUCCUUGGCCUUCUUUUGAGAGCAGGGAAUAACGUUGUAUACACCCGGAGGAAUUCCAGCCUGGUCUGCAAGCUGUAAAGAGAAACAGCAAACGUGGCAGCAAAUGAUCAAACUGGAAAAACAGAAAAGAGAAAUAAAUAGAUGUUUUAAUCUAAAAAGUAAUGGCAAAAAAAAAAAAUAAACUAGGCUGACUUUAGGGACAGAAUAUAUUUGGAACUGAAAUAAGAUUCUUAAUAGUGCUAAUGUGAUAUUAAUAUGAAUGUGUUGUUGGAAGUUUCUGUAUGAAUUUAAGCACUAUUUUAUUGUGUGUGUGUGUGUGUGAGAAUACAUAUAUGUAUAUUUCCUAGCCCUGACACUAAAAGGCCUAGAAACAAUGACCAGCUAGUAGCAAUGACCAUCCCUAGUGCCCCAAAUGUAGUCUUAAAAUAUAAUUUCCUACCAGAAGAAAUAAGGGCUUUCUGCAAAAAUGGUUAAUCCCAGGUCUGAGGCAAGAAAUAUAUAUAAUAAGUCUAAAAUAUCUUGUCAUACUAGCAAGGAAGGUCUCAAAAACUGUUAAGAGUUAUGUUAAAAGAUAGAAGAGCCAACUCGAAGAGGCUGCCAUUGGCCAAAACUGGGGGCAAUCUGAGCUUCCUCAAGGAUAAUAACCACAGCAAACUGAAACUCAUCAAAUACGUUAAAAUCUACUAGCACAUAAUGCUACUAACAGACUAAUUGGGAACCUUAGGCAGAUGACAGGAAUAGAUGCAUUAAUUUGGAAAACUAAAUAAAAAGAAAGAAUCAAACAUACUGUCUUUCCUAUGGGAAUUUACCAUGGGGUAACCACACAGGAGAUGAUGGGUAGCUUUGAUUUACAGAAGUGGUCUGGUGAAUAAAUGAAAGAAAAAGGAAAGAAUUCAAAUAUCACCAUUUUUGCACUCCUAAUGAAUUAACAGACUGAGUGGCAUUGCACAGCAAUGGCUGCAAAUAUGAAAAUGGAGACACCCAGACAUUACUCGCCUCCUGACAAAAGGACACAAAAUGGGAUCGAACCCAAGUCUGAGGAAGCGUCUGGUUGCAGCUGCCAAUCUGUGGAAAGUGCAGCAGACAGAGGAACCCAGUGCAUGAGAGGCUCACCGCGGCCAAGGCCAGCGCAGAGAAGGGCGUGUCCUCGGCAGGUUUCACCACUACCGUGCAGCCUGCUGCCAGGGCGGCCCCCACCUUCCUCGUGAUCAUGGCGCUGGGGAAGUUCCACUGGAUCAGAAGAGAGAGGAGAUUCUGGUCAGGAGUGCUGAUUGCACUGGGCUCCCUCUGCCCUAGAAGUUCACCGUGUGGCAUUUCAACACACGUAGAAAUAGGUCACAGAGCUCUGGAGCUUCUCCACCUUCAGGAUAGGACUGUUAACUACAAAGAGCUGUUACUUGAACACCAGGAUGCAUAUCAGGCUGGAACCGUGUUUCCUGAUGCCUUUUACCCCAGAAUCUGCGGAAGAGGACAAUUUCAUGAAGUGUCAGAAAGUACUCACUGGACUCCAUUUCUUAAUGCAAGCAUUCAUUAUAUCCGGGAGAACUACCCCCUUCCCUGGGAUAAGGACACAGAGAAACUGGUAGCUUUCUUGUUUGGAAUUACCUCUCACAUGGUGGCAGAUGUCAGCUGGCAUAGCCUGGGUAUUGAACAAGGAUUCCUUAGGACAAUGGGAGCCAUUGAUUUUCACGGCUCCUAUUCUGAGGCACAUCCGGCUGGUGAUUUCGGAGGAGAUGUGUUGAGCCAGUUUGAGUUUAAUUUUAAUUACCUCUCACGGCACUGGUAUGUGCCUGUUGACGAUCUCCUGGAAAUUUAUAAGAAACUCUAUGGCCGAGAAGUCAUCACCAAAAAUGCCAUUGUUGACUGUUCAUACCUCCAGUUCUUGGAAAUGUAUGGUGAGAUGUUAGCUGCUUCCAAGCUUUAUCCCACUUAUUCUAGAAAGUCCCCAUUUUUGGUGGAACAAUUUCAAGAAUACUUCCUAGGAGGACUGGAUGAUAUGGCAUUUUGGUCCACUAAUAUUUACCGUCUAACAAGUUUCAUGUUAAAGAAUGGGACCAGUAACUGCAACCUACCUGAGAACCCUCUGUUUAUCGCAUGUGGCAGCCAGAAAAACCAUACCCACAGCAGCUCAAAAGUACAGAAAAGUGUUUUUCAUAGAAACGUGACUGCAGCCCUAACUAAAGAUAUUGGAAAAAAUAUAAACUAUACCAAACGAGGAGCGUUCUUUAGUGUGGAUUCCUGGACUGUGGAUUCCUUAUCUUUCAUGUACCAGUCUUUGGAGAGGAGCAUACAGGAAAUGUUUACUGGCAGCUCUCCGCCACUGAAUCAUGUUUCUAGCCCCUCAGCAUCUUACUACUUGUCAUUUCCCUACACAAGGCUUGGUUGGGCGAUGACCUCGGCUGACCUCAACCAGGAUGGGCACGGUGACCUGGUGAUGGGCGCCCCGGGCUACAGCUGCCCCGGCCACGUCCACGUGGGGCGCGUGUACCUCAUCUAUGGCAGCGACCUGGGCUUGCCCCUCGUCGACCUGGACCUAGACAAGGAGGCCCAUGUGAUCCUGGAGGGUUUCCAGCCUUCAGGUCGGUUCGGCUCUGCCGUGGCCGUGCUGGACUUUAACAAGGACGGCGUGCCGGACCUGGCCGUGGGAGCCCCCUCAGUGGGCUCCGAGAAGCUCACGUACACAGGUGCGGUGUACAUCUACUUCGGUUCCAAACAAGGAAGACUAUCUUCUUCCCCCAACAUCACCAUCUCUUGCCCGGACACGUACUGUAACUUGGGCUGGACACUCUUGGCUGCAGAUGUGAAUGGAGACAGUGAACCUGACCUGGUGAUUGGCUCCCCUUUUGCUCCAGGUGGAGGGAAACAGAAGGGAAUUGUGGCUGCGUUUUCUUCUGGCUCCAGCCACAGCGACAAAGAAGAGCUGAACGUGGAGGCGGCGAACUGGAUGGUGAGAGGCGAUGAGGACUUCGCCUGGUUAGGAUACUCCCUUCAUGGUGUCAGUGUCAACAACAGGACUUUGCUGUUGGCUGGGAGCCCGACCUGGAAGAACACCAGUAGUCUGGACCAUUUGUUCCACACUCGUGAUGAGAAACAGAACCCUGGACGGGUAUUUGGCUAUUUCCCGCCAAAUUGUCAAAGCUGGUUUACCAUUUCUGGAGACAAGGCAAUGGGGAAACUGGGUACCUCCCUGUCCAGCGGCCAUGUGAUGAUGAAUGGGACCCGUACACAAGUACUGCUGGUUGGGGCCCCGACUCAAGAUGUCACGGCUAAGAUGGCAUUCCUGACCACGACCUUGCGCCAAGGUGGAAGCACUCGGAUGUACAAACUGCCACCUGACUUGCAGCCUUCUCUGCUCAGCACCUUCAGUGGAGACCGCCGCUUCUCCCGAUUUGGUGGCGUUCUGCACUUGAGUGACCUGGAUAACGAUGGCUUAGAUGAAAUCAUCAUGGCAGCCCCACUGAGGAUCACAGAUGUAACCUCUGGACUGAUGGGGGGAGAAGAUGGCCGUGUCUAUGUGUAUAAUGGCAAAGAGGUCACCUUGGGCGACAUGACAGGCAAAUGCAAAUCGUGGGUAGCUCCAUGUCCAGAAGAAAAGGCCCAAUAUGUAUUGAUUUCUCCUGAAGCAGGCUCAAGGUUUGGGAGCUCUAUGAUCACUGUGAGGUCAAAGAAAAAGAACCAAGUUGUCAUCGCUGCUGGAAAGAGUUCUCUGGGAGCCCGACUCUCCGGGGCACUUCAUAUCUAUAGCCUCGGCCAAGAUUAAAGGUUUCACUCCAUUUUCCUAACCUGCCCCUCCCUCUCUCAUGCCAAGUCAUCUCCAGGGUGAGCGUUCUGGUGGACAGAGUGAUGCCUCCAGUGGAGCCUUGUAGCUCCCACCACAGGUGGGGCUCCUGGGGGUGGAGACAUACACACUAACAGCCAAACUAUCUGGAAAUAGGAUACAGUAAAUGGGGACAACAUCAGAAGCAUGUGAAACAGCAAAUACUCUGGUUAGUCAUGUCCCCUUCCAAAGGUUGUUUCCUUUGUACCUAAACUUAUUCCUAACUUGUUUCCUGUGCUCAGACCUGCUGUACAACCUAUUUCCUCUUCCACAUGAGUACCUGUGUCUGAUGACUGGAUAAGGCUUCUCUCUGGUUAUCUCUUAGGAAAACCUCUAACACAAUUCUUCCUAAAAAUGUCCUUUUAAAGUUGGUGACCCAUUCCAAUCAAACAAAUAGAAAGCACCGUAUACAGGAAAAAGGCACAAAGAGGAGAAACAGAGUGAGGAGAAAAGUAAGGGGUGAGGCAUAACCUCACAACUCCAAAAUCAUCUUGCAAAUGCUAUGGUCCUUUCUUAUGAGGAUGAUUGUAUUUUCUAUGUUUCAUAUAGUGAAAGACAAAUAUAAAAAGUAAAACAUCUUACUGUGCCCUCAGAUGCUUUCGGAGAAACGACUGUUCUAAUGGCAGAUGAACCUAGUGAGCUAGCCUGAAGUCAUCCCAUGAAGCCUUGGGUGCAUUAGGCUGCCACAAGCUGUGCCAACAGAACUAGAGCAGAAAGGAGAGAGAUCUGUCCUGAGCCAGAGGCCAGGGACCAAGAGGAGUGAGGCAGGCCUUGGCCGCCCUUGUUUCUGGGCUGGUUUUAGCAGAGUAGAUCUCAUCUGCCAGUCCUGCAGGGUGGCAUAUUUAAGGGAAAGGAAAUGUACCAUAGGAUUUCAGCUUCACUAAAAAUCUGCAGGCAUUAUUAUCCAUAAACAGUAACUAGUUGAUUCUCUAUCAGUCAGGGUACAACCUCUUUCUUCUGACACUAGUGAACUGAUACUAAAAAGCAGGAGAAAAUUAAAAAUGACCAGAGCCCUUCUCUUAGCUUCUCUGGAGGCAGUACAGAGACUGGUCAAAGGAGACAGGAAUCCAGCUGAAGAGUAAGCUAAAUCAGAAAUCAAGGAAAAGCUAGUAGAAUUACAACUGUGAGCAUAAGGUGAGUAUGUAUAUAGGAAAACAGCAUAAACAGGCACAUACCUAGAUAGGACCUCUGGAUCACUCCUGGGACUGUCUCAUCUUUCUGAAAGAGGUAUGCUAGCUGCAUGGUUCCCCUAUGGCACAGCGAAAAGCACACAGAAACACAGUAUGGUUUUUGGUUAACAAUUAUUGGCAGCUCAACCUAUUUGAAGAAUUCCUAUUUUGAAGAAUUAUUUUUAAUUAAAAGGAAGUUUAUUUUUAGGGGACCAGAAAUCAGCUGUAAUUAUGAGUUUUUAUGAAUUGAGACGUCUGAGUGUAGAACAAGCUAAUGACACUGCAUUUUAGUAAAGGCAUGUUUUCACUAUUGGAUUAGAAGGACGCAUACCUUCAUAUUGCCAUUAUUAUAGAAAGUGUUAUGCUUUACUAAAUGAUAGGGCCUAUGUUUAAACAUGAUUAUUCUUUACCUGAGGAUUUUUAUUUUCUCAAUGCCUGAACAUACCACAUAGCAAGAAGCAGGAGGAGAGGGUUAAAAUUUACAACGUUAGAAGCAGGUUUUCAUAUAGGAUAUCAAACCAUACUAACCCCAUAUUCAAAAUUAUAUAAACUGUACUUCUACUGAGUAUAUGGCAAAUAUGUAAAAACCCAGCGUACAGGAAAAAAGUCUAAUACCUGACAGUCUAAUGUAUUAUCCUAAUAGGUGGAUUAAAUUUUCACUCCACUAAGUAUUAACUGCAGUUCCAAGCAUUGAUUCUGAAAUACUUAACAAAAAUACCUUAGGGAUUUAAUCUCUCCUGAACACAAACCUGAACUUAUACAAUUUAACUCAAAAUUACCUUUAAGAUGUCAGAACACAUUUACAUAUUUGCAAUUUUUAUCUAUUACCUGUAUAUGCCAAAACUUUCAUCAAGGCUUCAAUACUGGAAUUGUUCUAUGCCUUUGUAUCACAGACCUACAGAGAUUUGAAGUGAGUUUGGGAAUAAACUCAGGUCUCUGAAUUCCCUAUUCCAUGCUCAAUCUGCAUAGCUAUUACUAAGGUAAUGACAAUAAAUCCUGAAUUUAGAGUGAGUUUAAUAUUGCAAUUCCAAAACAUAAAGCUUGUACAACUCUUGGAAUAACUCACCAAAAUAAACGGCUUUUUAAUAUGACUAUUUAGUGGUUAUCAGUCUUUAUCAAGGAUGAAACAAGUGUUAAUAGCAUCUUAAAAUGACGUCUAUUCUUGUCACAUUUUCUUAAAGGCCUUACAAAGGCAAUCUGUUAAGAAUAUCAUUCCUUGUACUUAUACAUGUUAAACAGAAUACGACUGCCUGCUUACUCAUAACUGAAUGUUUGGUGUUCUUUCACCUUACUUACAUACUCCGUCUAUUUAAAUUCAAAAUUUAAAACUGCUGAACAUUUUUUUUUUGGCAUAAGCUAUUAUUUGAGGGCUCUUUAAUAUAAGAAGCAUCCUGCUACCUAUCACCAAAGCAGAGCUAGCUGACAUCUGGAAAUCAUACUUGAUUUAACCACCUUCAAGAAAUUUAAACCAUUAGUACCUUCCCUUUAUCAGACUUAUGAGGUAGUUGCAUUUAUUCUCCCAUUUAUUGAUGCGACAUGACUCAUCAAAAAUUUUAUGUAAGCCCACAAACUAAGCAACAUCAGAAAGAAAAAAAGACCAAAAUUCUAUCCUAUGCCUGAUCUUAACCAAAUCAAGUUUUGCCCUCUGGACUUCCAAUUCUUCAUAGGUCACAGUUAAGUGAUAUUUAUUACCUUAUUUUACAGUGAUGACCUGAGAUCACAAAUAGCAGCAGUGUGCUCUGAGGUGUACCAGAGAAGAGUGCCCUGUGAAAUCUAAAUAUUGUCAAAGAUACUUUAUCCUGGAAAUCAUCAAACAGAUGUAUGAUGCUACUCACAUUCCAACAACCACACCAUAAAGUGUGUUCCAAGACAAGCCCAGCCUGCUUUAUGCUAUUCUAAUGUCCUCUCAUAACCAGACAUGGGAACGGGGAAAACUUGUAACUUUUCUUUCAAAUCGGCUACUAGAAGAUCACUUUUAUUCCUAGCACUAAACCACCUGGUAAAUGGACCCCUAAACUCCCUCAUAUGACAUAUUAGGGUAUCAGGUAUCCUCCAACAUCAUCAGGGUAUGCCUAUUUAUUUUACUACUAAAUUUGUAGCGCAAGAGCUGCUCUGAACACUCUAGAAUCUUCUAUGCAUCUUUUGGGGGCAAAUAUAACUGUCAUGUUCUAUUGCAUAACUGUACUUAACCUCCAGAAAAUAAUUUGGGUUCGCUAAAAAGUUCGUUCAGGUUUAUAAACCCAACAUUAAAAGAGGCAGAAGAUGUUAAGUACGAUAGGAGCUUUUUUUUUUGCGGUAUGCGGGCCUCUCACCAUCGCGGCCUCCCCCGUUGUGGAGCACAGGCUCCGGACGCGCAGGCUCAGCGGCCAUGGCUCACGGGCCCAGCUGCUCCGUGGCAUGUGGGAUCUUCCCGGACCCGGGCACGAACCUGUGUCCCCCGCAUCAGCAGGCGGACUCUCAACCACUGCGCCACCAGGGAAGCCCCAGGAUAGGAGCUUUGAGACAUACAAAUAUCAGUCAUUUGUUUUAAACCCAAAUCUGAUUGUGAAAACAAAAAGGUAUCACAAUUUUAAAGUUUAUCUACCCUCUUGUUUUAGGAAGCCCACCUGUCAACCUCCAAGGUGUAGGCAAAUAGAUUAACUAGGCUACAUAUAUUUUCCUUUUUGGGGUGACAUGUCUAUCUGUUCUAAAAACCAGGGAAUGACCAAAACAGCUAUAAAGCAGUAAUAGAAUGGAAAUUCUUUCGGCUCAAUUCCCAAAAGCUUUAAUUAUAGUCAAGCAAAGAAAAAUAGUUUCAUUGGUUGAGAAAGUAAAAUUCUGAUUAACUGGAAUCUAUGUAAAGCUGACAUUAAACUCAUUUCCUUUUUUUUUAUUCCUUUUAUAAAAGGGGGGCAAAUACAAGAAAAUAAGGUUAUGUCAAAGACUGCUUUAAAGCACAAACUCCGAGAGUUUGUUUUAAGGUUAAUAUAUAUUCUGCUAGCUUUUCAGUCACCUGAGAGUGACAAAUUCACAAGAAUGUGAUUCCUUGUACUAAGAACUAUGGCAACCUGGUCUCAUAACUGUGGGCUUCUCAAGUUUCCAGGCUUCAUUUGGCAUGAGGUUGCACUUUUGUUGACAUGUAUAAAUUAAAUAAAAUUGAUACCACAAUCUAUUCUUGUGUUAAGUUAAUCUCUUAAGUUUGUAGGAAAUAAAACUUUGGCGUUUUACAAAGCAAGCGCUUUGUUUCUUUACUCAGAAUCCUGAAAAUGCAAUUAAGUUCUAGUACUGUGACUGCUGUUAAUAUUUUUAACAUCAGACACUACAAUUUAAAUGUCAGUGGGUUUUUCCCCAAGUCUCUGACUCUUAUAAAAGAAAAUAAUAGAAGAAUAUCAGAAUUCUCCCGUGACUACCAUAAAAAAAUAAUUCAGUUUCCACCGGGUUGUGCCUAACGGUUUGU